AUGGCAGACUUCCAAAGUGGCCUUUGGUGGGAUUACUCCCGCCCAGCUGGGCUUCAAGGGACCAUUACCCUGCCGAUGACUCAAGGCAAUAUUUUCCUCUCGUUCUUGACCAUUAUAGUUGCCAUGUCUGGAGCCAGUCUCUGGGGAAUUGCCGCCUCUCUUCUACACAGCUUCACUGUUCGAAAGAGACGCAACAAAGUUGAAAUUUUCGAUAUCCAACAGCGAGUUACCCUGAUCAACUCGAAGUCCCCAAUGACAACCGUCAUCGACUCGAUACGAAUCUAUAUGUCUUGGUCGAAGCACGAGAUUCCUGGUUUGGGUUUCCGCACGGUUGCCAUCGUUCUUCCCGCGCUUCUGUUUUGGGUUGGCAUAACGGCAGCAUCUAUCUUCACCUCAAAAGUUGCGACCAGCGGUGAUACGGGUGUCCUUGGUCUCAGGAGAAGCAAUUUCUGUGGCAUCUACGCAUUUACCGCAGUCCGCUCAUCCAAGGAUAAAGAAAGUUCACGCAGAAUAUUGAUUGAAGAGAUGGUUGCAGCAAGGAAUUACGCCGACAACUUCUACCUCAACAGCACUGGUUCACUUUCUAGAUCCCCAUAUGUGACGACAACCUUACCACACACAGAAUCUCGAAUGUCUUGUCUGCUCGAAAGCCAAGACCGGUGCGCCUUGAACACCUCUCUGAGGUUAGAGUCUGGGCUGCUAGACUCCCAUCUCAUGCUUGGAAUCAAUGCGCCACCAUCAGACCGCAUUCACUUCCGAGCAGGUACGACCUGUACUGUGGUCUAUAAGGCUGGACUUGAUAAACUAUCAAAGACAGGUAAUUCCCGUCGCUACUUCCUGGGAGGGGUUCUAGGCAAAAAUCACACAUAUAAAUAUAAUCGAGGCUUCCGAAGUGAUGAUAUAGGAUACUUUCUCAGCGGCUAUGACUCGGAAUGGGAACCACCUGUUGGAUUGAGGGUCAACAACUCUGAUAUGAGUAUUAUUAUCCUCUCCGGAAACAAUGUGCGUUAUCGCGAGAGCAUUGAAGAUCCUUUUUUCUGGGCCACGGACUACAAUAAAAACCUGACGGCUUUCGUCUCGAACAAUGACGCCAACUUCAUGAUAUGUGCAGACCAGUACCAAUUUUGCGACCCGGCGGCACACAGAUGCUCGCCUUGGUCGAAUCGUACGGCUUUGCGGGAUUCCGUGAUCACCCAGAGCUCGGAGCUGGGGUUCAACGACGCCCAGGUGGCAACUAUGACACGACUCGCCUGGCAUAUGGACGAGCAUAGAGGUCUUGAAACCGCGCUUGUUGUCAAAAUUCUCAAUUCCGGAGCCCUGGACGCCAGCAGCAAGCUAAUGUUCAACGACGUCUCCCUGGGGAUUUCCACCGAUGCUCAAUGGAUUGUUGAAGCUUCCAGGUGGUUUCAAAUCCGGCUUGCUUUUUUGCAGGCGAGGGUUGCCGCCUACAUGGAUGUGCCCUCGGCGCGGCUGAGCCAACCCAUCACAAGUCUCAAUGAUCGCUCGUGGUUACAGGAACACGCUGGGCUUUCCCAUCGGCAGGUAGAUUCUCUCAACUCGCAGUGCCACACCCAGCUAGUCAGGAGCAGCGGAGAGAUACAAAACUUCAGCUUCACUGGCGUUUUGAUCAUUCUGCUCGUUGGCACCUGCCUCACAAUCAUCAGCUACAACAUGACAGGCAUCAUGGAUGCCUGUGGCCGCCUUCUUUCGGGCUCUGAAGCCACGAAUGCUCGCCAAGGCGACGACAAACAACAUCUGCUGAGGAUGGCUCUCAGUGCCAGCGGCUACCCAGCCAUUGGAGAGUGGAAAACGGGCUUCUUUCAAGUGCCCGUCACCUCGCACCGAGAGAUUGUCACAGACCUCGAAGUAUUUGAGAGAGGGUUGACGCUUUACCCAUUGAAGGAGGCACUCACGAAUCGAGAUAGUACCAGCACAGACGAAGCGGUAGAACUCAGGGAGGGGAUUAACCCAUUCGACAAACCAAUGCAAACUACCGAGAUGACACCCGGACCUAGUACGACCAUUAAGACUCUGCUGACGGUGUGA